AUGGAGGACAAAGAGAUCUCCCCCGGCUACGAUGACAAGACCGCUGGCUUCACUCCCGAGAAGGGCGGCGUCGAGGCACUAGAGCACGCUGGCAAAGACCGCCGCGGCUCAACUGCAUUGAACCUCGUCAAGAACCCUCUCCAGAACAAAUCCCCAGACGAGGUCGUUGCCGACGCGCGCCUCUUCGCCGAGAGCAAUGGCAUGUCCGAACAUGUCGAUCUCUUCGGCAGAGCAGCUCUCGUCGCCCGCGACAUGGACAACUUCGAGUCUGUCGAUCUUCUCGACGACGAACGCGCCGCCCUCAUCUACGAGCGGGACCACAAGUGGCACGGCUCCAAGAUGCUGUGGUACUCAAUUGGUCUCUGUGCCGUCGGCGCUGCUACCCAGGGCUGGGAUCAGACAGGUGCCAAUGGUGCUAACCUGUCGUUCCCCAAGGAGUUCGGCAUUGACAAGACGGCGCGAGAUGAUUGGAUUGUUGGUAUCAUCAACUCCAUCAUCUUCCUCACUGCUGGUUUGAUUGGUGCCUUUAUUGUCGAUCCUCUUAACCACUACUUUGGCCGACGUGGAGAGAUCUUCAUUACAGCCUGUUGCUUGGUUGCUACACCUAUUGCCUCUGGUUUCGCUAGGAACUGGCAGGAGCUUUUCGCCAUCCGUUUUGUCAUGGGAAUUGGUAUUGGAGCCAAGAAUGCCACCGUGCCUAUUUAUUCUGCUGAAAUGGCUCCUGCUCGCAUUCGAGGUGCUCUCGUCAUGUUCUGGCAGUUAUGGGUCGUCAUUGGUAUCUUCCUCGGUUUCUGCGCCAAUGUCAUCGUCAAGGAUGUCGGUGACAUCGCCUGGAGACUCGAACUCGGUUCUGCUUUUAUCCCCGCCUUCUUCCUCGCCGUCGGCAUCUACUUCUGUCCCGAGUCUCCUCGAUGGCUGAUGAAGCAUGGCCGACUCGCAGAGGGAUUCGUCUCCAUGUCCAAGCUCCGAGCCCAUCCCAUCAUCGGUGCUCGUGACUUCUACUACUCCUACGUGAUCUACCAGGUGGAGCUCCAAGAGAAUGCCGGCGCUGGCUACUUCCGCCGACUGUGGGACUGCUUCUCUGUUCCCAGAAUCCGAAGAGCCAACUACGGUGCCAGCACUGUCAUGCUGGCCCAGCAGAUGUGCGGUAUCAACAUCAUCUCUUUCUACAGUUCCAGUAUCUUCCGUGAUGCUGGAUACUCCCAAGACGAAGCCCUGUAUGCCUCUUUGGGCUACGGUGCAAUUCAGGUUGUCUUUACCAUUCCUACUCUCUUCUUGAUCGAUACCAAGGGACGAAGAUUUUUGACACUUGCUACUUUCCCAUUCAUGUGUAUCUUCCUCUUGGCUGGUGGCCUGUCUCUUCUCAACAACAGCGACAAUCGCGCUGCAAACAUCGGUCCUGUUGUGCUAUUCGUCUACCUCUUCACAAUCGCUUACUGUCUCGGAGAAGGGCCAGUCGCCUUCCAGUACUCUGCUGAGGUCUUCCCUACCAUCCAGCGAGAGCAGGGUAUGGCUUGGGCCGUCUGCAUCAACAACACCUUCGCUGGUGUUCUUGGCUUGACCUUCCCCCGAAUGAAGAAUGUCAUGACUCCCACAGGAGCUUUCGGCUUCUACGCUGGACUCAACCUUAUCGCUUGGGGCAUGAUUUUCUGCUUCGUCCGUGAGACCAAGCAGAUGACCCUUGAGGAAUUGGAUCAGGUCUUCUCCGUUCCAACCUCAAAAUUCCUUUCUCACGAGACCCAGGUCUGGCUGCCUUACUUGUUCAAGCGCUACAUCCUGCGAAAGAACAUCGAGCGACCCGCUCCUAUCAUUGAGAAGGCUGAGAGGACACACGCUUAA